UGCUCAAAGUAAACGUGAUUACCUAGUCACUAUCCAUAAAAAUUAUUUGUGAGAUGGUGCAAGGGUCCGUGAACGUUGAAAAUUGAAACCUUCGAUCUACGCUGCUAACCUUUUUGACCCUUUUGUCCCCCCCUGGAAUCUCUCUUUGAUUAGAUGCACAUAUGCUCAUCACUCUCUGAGUGACUUCUUUCCAUCGCCCACUCCGACUUUACUCCAUUAUUGACUCACUACAUGAAAGAUUCUCCAUCAAACCUACAAUCAGAGAAUACAUUAUUGCUAAUAUGUUAGGCCCACUUCCCAUUUCUCUGUAAAGUUCAUUUAUGGAACCGUAAUUUCUAUGUUGUUUCUCGAAUCGGCCUCUCGAAUUUCUCCAACUUCAGCAUAGAUCCAUAUUUGCUUUCAGAUUUGAGUGUAACCACACACUUCCCUCAUUUGAUUGAAAUUAACGAUAAGGGUACUUCGAUUUCUCCUCGAAUCUAAGACGGAAAAAGGAAUUGGUGUUUUUUGUGGUGAAGACUCGCUUAUCUGAGGUGGGUAUCCAUUUAAAAUGUGUAUAUGAGCUAAUAUAAUUUUGGGAAAACAUUAGGCUGUAGCUUUGAAUCCUUUGAUGCUAGUUGUAGUAAUAGUAAAUGUAGUUUCAACGAUUUCUGGAUCAUUUUUAUUGAUUUCAGAGGCAUGACUACAAUUAGAAGAACAUUGUCUCCGGUUCCUAGACCGGGGACUUUGCUAGGUGGAGAAGCAUGUUCUGUUUCUUCUCCAUUGUCCAAGUGUUCAUCCUGUGAUCAGGAUUCGGUCCCCAGUUCAUCUUUCACAUCAACAGAAUAUGCUUUUUUAUAUCAUUUUCAAUCUUUUGUGCUAAAUCUAUUCCCGAAAAGAACUUGUAGGGCAUUAGAAAAGCAAAAACCAAAAGGGAAUGUUUGGAGGAGGUCGCUUUUCCAUUUCUUUAUAUGUUUCCUCGUUGGAGUUUUCGUGGGGUUUACCCCAAUUGUUUCCAUAAAAACAUCCUCCAUUCUCACUUCAAGAAACCAAGAUUUUUCCUUCGAGGAAAUUGAAAAAGUUCAAUCACACGAUGUCAAUCAUGUGGAAGCUUCAGUGGCGAAUAAUAUCACCAACGAUAUUGUUGUUCUUCAAAAGAUCGAGGGGCUUGAAAGAAAUUUGGGUAAACUUUUGAUAAUUGUAACCCCAACAUAUCCUAGGAUGUUUCAGGCAUAUUACCUUAAUCGAUUGGCACAUACAUUAAGGUUGGUGGAGCCGCCAUUGUUGUGGGUGGUUGUGGAAAUGAGCAGCCAAUCGGGGGAAACUUCUGAGUUAUUGAGGAGAAGUGGUGUUAUGUAUAGGCAUCUUGUAUGCAAAAAGAACACAACAGAGAUAAAAGAUUUGAGAAAUGUGGGUUUAUUACAUAUUGAAACACAUAAGCUUGAUGGAAUCGUGUACUUUGCAGAUGAUACUAAUAUCUACUCAAGUGAACUUUUCCACCAUAUGAGACAAAUCAGGCGAUUUGGUACUUGGGUUGUGGCUGAACUAAAGACAAGCACAAGGGUAGGGACAUUUGUGGGGCCCAUUUGUAAUGGGACACAAGUUAUUGGAUGGCAUACAAGUAAUGUUAUGAGAAGAUUCCAUAGAUUUCAUGCUGAUUUAUCAGGAUUUGCUUUUAAUAGCACUAUACUUUGGGACCCAAAGAGAUGGCAACGUCUUACUCUUGAACCGAUUAGGUUUCUUGAUACUUUCCAAGUGAGCACUUUGAUUGAACAAAUUGUGGAGGAUGAGACACAAAUGGAAGGAAUAGCAGAGGAUUGCUCAAAGGUAUUCGUUUGGCAUCUUCCUAUGGAAUCAUCAUCAUCAUCAUCAUCAUCAUCUUCCCAUCCUCAAAAAUGGUUAUUUAAUGCUAAUCUUGAUGCUGUACUUCCACUUUGAUGCCACAAUCCAACUAUCCAACUUCUUCUGUAAGAGAAGAUUGCUUGUGAACUCUUGUUUACUAUAAUCAUAGACAUCAUUAGGGUUUGUAUCUUGGAAGCAAUAUUUGCAUAUGUAGUUGUAUGAUUUCAUUUUGUGUUUUCUUUUUUUGUUUUUUUUGGUUUGUAAGAUGAGGCGACAAUUGUUGUAUAGUUGCUAACUACCUCUCGAUUCCUCUUUGGCUGCAUUUUUCACAAAGAAGCGAAAAGUUGCUAGGAAUUUGGGUAGAAUGAGUUGUGUUUGGAAUGAUAGCAUAUGUAUAUGCACUUCCUCGAAACAUUUGUUGUUUGUUACAUUACAUAGGACAUGACAAACAAGUUGUUCAA